UCUGCUGUUGGCUGGUGCUCAAAGAAGCGCUCGCGCAGUGGGCGACUUCAUCCCUUACUGCAGUUACGGAACGGUAACCACGGCACAAAUGUGACGAUGGGGAAGCGCAGCUCGUCCAAAUUACGGAUUAAUCCCAGUGCGAUUGUCAGUCGGUAUUAAAGAAAAACAAAUCGAAAGAUAGGUAUGAUGAAGAUUGUAAUACACAUGCAACCGAGCGCGUUGAUCGCUCUCAUCAGAUGCUGAUGAUGAUGGUCGCGCGACCUGCGUGAUUUCCUCCCGCUGAGAUGCGGUGUUACUUAAACCACAUAAUAGUGGGCCUCUUCAUCCAGAAAUCCAUAUUUACACAAAAUUAAAGAUUACCAACACGAAAUGAAUAAACUGAAGGCAGAAGUCAUAACGUCAGCGGUGUCUUUUACGGCCCUUCCUGGUUCCUUUGCAUCACCUUAUCUGAAACCCAGCAAGCCUGACAGAAUGAUUGAAGAGGGAAGUAAAAGCAGUAAGGCCAUGGUGGAGAAGAGACAGCUCUUCAUGGAGAUGAGGGCACAGAACUUUGAUGUUAUUCGUCUCUCAACGUACAGGACGGCAUGCAAGCUGCGAUUUGUUCAGAAAAGAUGCAACCUUCACCUGGUGGAUGUGUGGAACAUGAUCGAAGCCUUUCGUGAUAAUGGCUUGAGCACAUUAGACCACAACGCCGAAAUUAAUGUGUCACGCCUGGAGACCAUUCUGUCCUCCAUCUUUUACCAGCUGAACAAACGGCUGCCCACCACCCACCAGAUAAACGUAGACCAGUCCAUCGGUCUGUUGCUGAACUUCAUCGUGGCUACUUAUGACAGUGAAGGCCACGGGAAACUUACAGUGUUUGCCAUGAAGGCCAUGUUAGCUACCAUGUGCGGUGGUAAAAUACUUGACAAAUUACGUUAUAUAUUUUCCCAGAUAUCAGAUUCCAACGGGGUGAUGAUCUUUGCCAAGUUUGACCAGUUCCUGAGGGAAGUGCUGAAACUCCCUACGGCAGUGUUCGAGGGACCUUCAUUCGGUUACACCGAGCACUCUGUGAGAACAUGCUUUCCUCAGCAGAAGAAGAUCUUGCUGAAUACGUUUUUGGAUGUGUUGAUGGCAGAUCCACCUCCGCAGUGCCUCGUUUGGCUACCUCUCAUGCACCGACUCGCUAAUGUAGAGAACGUCUUCCAUCCAGUGGAAUGUUCAUAUUGCCAAAGUGAGAGCAUGAUGGGUUUCCGGUACCGCUGCCAGCAGUGUCAUGGUUACCAGCUUUGUCAGAGCUGCUUCUGGCGUGGUCAUGCUAGUGGUCCCCAUAGCAACCAGCACCAGAUGAAGGAGCACUCUUCAUGGAAGUCUCCAGCAAAGAAACUCAGUCAUGCCAUCAGUAAAUCUCUGGGCUGUAUGCCAAUCGGAGAGCCUCCUCACCCAGUUUUCCCAGAGGCGGCUGAAAGACCUCAGGACCUGGUGCACACUCGGCUGCAGUCGGUGCCCAACGGCAUGAAUGAUACCAUUCUCAUUUCCUCUGGGGCGCCCGCGCCUUCCAAAAGUAGCACUCUGGAGAGUCCUAGCAGACUGGAUGAAGAACAUCGUCUCAUCGCUCGAUACGCCGCUCGCCUGGCCGCGGAGGCUAGCAACUCCACUCAAUGCCCUCCAACAGAUCUGAGUUUUAACUUUGAUGCUAACAAGCAACAGAGGCAGCUCAUCGCAGAGUUAGAGAACAAAAACAGAGAGAUUCUGCAGGAAAUCCAGCGUCUGCGUCUUGAACACGAACAGGCAUCACAACCCACCCCUGAGAAAGCCCAGCAAAACCCCACUUUACUGGCAGAGCUGCGACUGCUGCGGCACAGAAAGGACGAGCUGGAGAGACGCAUGUCAGCCCUGCAGGAGAGCAGAAGAGAGCUGAUGGUACAGCUGGAAGGUCUCAUGAGACUUCUGAAGGAUGAAGAGCAGAAACAGGCAACUCAGACAGGGGGUUCGCCCCACUCGUCUCCCAGCCACAGUGCCGGUUGCACCAUGCCUAUGCCCAUCCGCUCCACCUCGGCCGGCUCAACCCCCACACACACGCCGCAGGACUGCCUGGCAGGGGUCGGGGAUGACGUGAUGGAUGCCUUCUCUCAGGGUGUACCAAGAAAUCUCCGUAAUGAUCUUCUGGUGGCAGCAGAUUCGAUCACCAACACCAUGUCAUCACUAGUGAAAGAACUUCACUCAGUGGAUGAUGGGCUGGAGGAGGAAGAGGAGCACAUGCGAAAUGGAAGGGAUAAAGCUGAGUCAGAGUAAAAGAAUAUAGAAUAUUUCAUUGUCAUCACUGAAGCAUUCUGGGAAAAGGCACUCCACCCCUUCAUUCUAAGCACCUGGAUGGGACUGGAAAGAACCAGCAUUCUGGCAUUAGCACACAGACCGAUGCAUGCUCUUCCCCAACUGGAUUUCACUAUGUGAAACAAACUCUUCAUCACAACUUGCACAAAGCAAGUUGUAUUUAUUAGAAAGUAUAUAAAUAUAUAUAUAAAUCUAUACAUAGCUCUAUAUGUUUCUCUGUAUAAACUCAUUGUUAUCAUGUUACCCAUGACUUUAAAGAAUGGCUUGUGCUUUCUUAAAAAAAAAUAACGGCACUGUGCAUCUUCACGACGUCACCGGGACCAUCAGAUCGAUCUUCGCCGUAGACAUUUUUCACUUUUUUUCUACGACUAGUGAUGAUUCUUCUGUGUUUAAGUUGUAAUGCAUGGAUCGGCUCUUCUGAUUAGAUGGAGAGGGCUUGUGUUUGCUCUGCAUGUGGCGUUUUUUCCGACCGACGUGUGUGGUGCCUGCUACGUCACUUCCUGUAGUCUAAACAUUUGAGUGUCACUCUGGAAACUGCUGCUUCUGCACUACACGCAUCAAAAAUCAUCUUAUAUCAGGGAUGUCUUGUAGAGCUCAACGUCUGUCUGCGAUUUCUGCUAAGUUUUGCCCGUCGUUGUGAACGUCGUUUUUUUAGCUUUGGUAUCGCCUCUUAGUUUAGAUAUUCGCUUAAGUAUCCUCAAAGCUAUUUUCGGAGAGCGUAAGGGGACUUUAAUGGAACGUGGAUGUAUAGUCCAUCUAUCCAUAAACCAGCUUAGCCAGCCAUUUUUGCGUGCACACGUCUCUCUGUAAAAGUUAUUUCUAAAGCUUUAUUGAGUUAACGGUUGUCGUGUACGCUUGUGUAAUAUAAAUGAAACCAGUGCUCAGGGAUUGUCGAAAGAGGGGAGUGCGGUAGCAACACUUGUGAACAAAUGGGUGGGAUAUUCUUUAACCCUACUGAGGUCAUAUGAGAUCAAAGAUUAGCACAGAUCGUGACAAAUUUUAUGGAGGUACUGAAAACGCUGAUUGGGGUAAAAGCAACGUGUUGUGCAUUGGAGAUGGAAAUGCAGUGUUAGGAACUUUGAACUUUAUUGUCACAAUGAAGGUUAUAGGAUAAACUUACUGUACUUGAAUAAGAAGGUAUUCAGGUUUAAUAAUUAUUACAUUUAUUGAUUAUGUAAUUGUGUUUGUUCUAUGUCAGUUGGGUUUUAAAUAAUAAUAAUAAUAAUUAAUCUUAUUUAAAGUAUGUUUUGUUUAUGACUGCUAACAUUUGAAUGUUAAAAUAGAUUGAUCGAUCGAUUAAGCUUUAUAAUGUGAAGUUUGAUAUGUUUUUUUUACACAUACAUGAAGGACAAAACACUGUUUAUUCGUUUUUUUAAAGUUGCAUAUGAAAGUCUCUCGAAUGAUUUAAAGGAACAGUAUGUAAGAUGAUGUCAUGUCAUGAUGCCUGAUAUGUCACUAGACAUUAGGAAAUCAUUUUCAUUUCAAAUACUUUGGCCAGGAUAUUGUCAUUUAAAAAUGUUGUCAUGCUGUGUAUUAACCACCAGUUUUGUGAUUGCAGUACCAGUUUUGGCCACAAUCCUACAUACUGUUCCUUUAAAUAUGAGCAGUGAUGUCUCAUUCAAUAUUUUACACUGGAUUCAAAAGUGUUGCUUCUGUAAUAGUGGUUGCAAUUAAAUAUAUUUGCUUUUUCUAAUCUUUUUAACAUACUUGAUUAAUGUUUAAGAAAGGAAUAUUAAAAUACAGUCGAAAAUGUUAUUGUCAUGGGUUUAAAACAGAAAAGUUAAAAGUAUACGACAAGCUCUUCGAAUGACAUCACACCAGUUGAAUUACUCUCAGAUGGAGCGUUGCAUUGUUCGAUUACGUUUCGACAUUUGCUACAAAUAUGAAUGCAAUCUUCUGAUGUAGGUGUGUGCCUAGAUGUACUGUAUAAAGUGCUGUAUAAAUAAAACAUCCUGCACAUGUCAGCCCUUAGAUAGGAGUUUUAGUAUGUGACUUAGUCGGAAUGCGGUCAUUAUUUACCUGUGAAAAAUAUAUUGUUCUGCCUUUAAAAGUUGUGCCAAACUGUUGUGUGUCCCUUAUGUCUCUGUUCUGUGUAUUUGUGUGUGCGUGUUAAACCACAUUUCAUUGAUUUAUACAUUUAUUGAAGCAGUCCACAGAGAGGGUAAAUAAUAAUGGGGUGCCUUAAACGGUUAAAACACAGGAGAAAGAAAACCUGCUUGAAAUCAAUUUCAGGCAUCAUAACAAAUAGUAUAUGUUACAGUUGGGCCUCUAAAAGAGGACGUCCCGUGUUAGAUAAAACAUUGUUUAAAGGUAGUUCACCCCAAAAUGAACGUUUAGUUUUCUUUACAGUAAAAUACGGUUUGGAGCAACAAUGCCAGAAUUUACCUUGUUGGGUGAACUGUAUAUUUUUGGCAACUUGCAUAACCAAAACUACCAGAUAAAGCUACCAACACUGUUUAGUAGUUUAUAAUUAUUACUGUAUGCUUUGUUUUAUUUAAAGGUUUUACUGCUGUAUACAAUCAUGCAAUGGUUUAUGUCUGUAUUUGCGUUUAGAUCAACUUUGUCUUUUUGUAAACUAUUAAAGGUUAAAACAUGAAACAAAAUUAAAAGGAAAAUGAGUGUG